AUGCCCAAGGUAAGCAUCACCAUCACGACCGUGAAGCUGCAAGCCAAACCAGCUGCCAGACCUGGGCUGACCAGGUCCAAGCCCCUAUACCAAGCACUGCGUCCAUUCGCCCUGGCCGUGCCAGACAAAGCGGCCAAAGUACCCUGGACAGAUCGCGAUGCACACGAUGCAUUGCGUCCCGCAAGGGCUGUGACGGCGUCAAACCUAAGAGGGUUGCUCAACCUUUGGAGGUCGGAGAGAAGUGAAGAGAGUCAGCCGCACAACUUGUCCGGCGAUGAAAAUGCUACCGACACUGGCACAACCGAAGAUGAGCGCUCAAGAAACCGCAUGGCCGAGGCUCAGCGGGUGACUGGGAUUCGCGAGGUUCAAGGAGAAAUCAUCCCAGAGAAUCAAACCUCGAGGCAAGACGCACAAUACCCUGUGGCAGGUGUGGCCUUGACGCCGUGUCUUUCAGUCGAUCGACAUAUGCCAGAAAGUCUCCCGCCCGGAGCGCAGCGGCUCGAACAAGUCCGACAAAGAGUCCUCCAGAGCACUCGAGCAUAUCUGGGCACCGAUCCGCAGCUGCGCGUGAAUGCACAAGAGCCACGAGGCGACGGCAGCGAAGGACAGGCGUGA